AAUCAAAAGUCGUAAGCCUUCUCAAUAGAAGGAUCUAGAAUAACCAAACCCUAACCCCAACCCCACUGAAUAUUAUUAUAUAAACACACUCCGCCCCAUUCUCGAUCCAUUCAUUCCUCCUUCAAAUCCUCCUAACGUCUCUCAAAUUUCAUCAUUCUCUGUUAAUUUUCUCUCUGUUGAGUGAUUUCAUCAAUGGCGGACACAGAGACGUUUGCCUUUCAAGCAGAGAUCAACCAGCUGUUGAGUCUCAUCAUCAACACGUUUUACAGCAACAAGGAGAUCUUUCUUCGUGAGCUUAUUAGCAACUCUUCUGAUGCUUUGGACAAGAUCCGUUUUGAGAGCUUGACUGACAAGAGUAAACUAGAUGGACAGCCUGAGCUUUUCAUUCAUAUUAUCCCUGAUAAAGCUAACAACACAUUGACCAUUGUUGACAGUGGAGUUGGAAUGACCAAGGCUGAUUUGGUGAACAAUUUGGGUACCAUUGCUCGAUCCGGCACCAAAGAGUUCAUGGAAGCCAUCACUGCUGGUGCUGAUGUCAGCAUGAUCGGACAAUUUGGUGUUGGUUUCUACUCUGCUUAUUUGGUUGCUGAUAAAGUUGUGGUGACAACCAAACACAACGAUGACGAACAGUAUGUCUGGGAGUCGCAAGCUGGCGGGUCUUUCACUGUUACCAGAGAUACAUCUGGUGAAUCCCUUGGCAGAGGGACCAAAAUGACACUGUACCUAAAAGAGGAUCAGCUAGAGUACCUUGAAGAGCGCAGGCUUAAGGAUUUGAUCAAGAAACAUUCAGAGUUCAUUAGCUAUCCGAUCUCUCUAUGGGUUGAAAAGACCACCGAAAAGGAAAUUUCUGAUGACGAAGACGAGGAGGAGAAGAAAGAAGAGGAAGGGAAAGUAGAGGAAGUUGAUGAAGAGAAGGAGACCGAAGAGAAGAAAAAGAAGAAGAUCAAGGAAGUGACAAAUGAAUGGGAGUUGGUAAACAAACAAAAGCCCAUUUGGAUGAGGAAGCCCGAAGAAAUCACCAAAGAAGAAUAUGCUGCUUUCUACAAGAGUCUAACCAACGACUGGGAAGAACACUUGAACGUGAAGCACUUUUCGGUUGAAGGUCAACUUGAAUUCAAAGCCAUUCUUUUUGUCCCCAAACGGGCUCCUUUCGAUCUCUUUGACACAAAGAAGAAGCAGAACAACAUCAAGCUAUAUGUUCGUCGUGUGUUUAUCAUGGAUAACUGUGAAGAACUCAUUCCCGAAUACUUGAGUUUUGUAAAGGGUAUUGUGGAUUCUGAGGAUCUUCCACUUAACAUCUCUAGAGAAAUGUUGCAGCAAAACAAGAUUUUGAAGGUGAUCCGAAAGAAUUUGGUCAAGAAGUGUAUUGAGCUAUUUCAAGAGAUUGCUGAGAACAAGGAGGAUUACAACAAGUUCUAUGAAGCGUUCUCCAAGAACCUUAAGUUGGGUAUCCAUGAGGAUUCUCAGAACAAAGCCAAGCUAGCUGAAUUGCUACGAUAUCAUUCCACCAAGAGCGGUGAUGAGAUGACCAGCUUGAAGGACUACGUGACCAGAAUGAAAGAGGGUCAAAACGACAUUUACUACAUUACCGGUGAGAGCAAGAAGGCAGUUGAGAACUCUCCUUUCUUGGAGAAACUGAAGAAAAAGGGGUACGAGGUGUUGUACAUGGUGGAUGCGAUUGAUGAGUAUUCAGUUGGUCAGUUGAAGGAGUUUGAGGGUAAGAAAUUGGUUUCUGCAACCAAAGAGGGGUUGAAGCUUGAAGAAACCGAAGAUGAGAAGGCAAAGCAGGAAGCUUUGAAGGAGAAAUUCGAGGGUCUGUGCAAGGUGAUGAAGGAUGUGCUGGGUGACAAGGUUGAAAAGGUGGUUGUUUCAGACCGUGUGGUAGAUUCCCCUUGCUGUUUGGUUACCGGUGAAUACGGGUGGACCGCUAACAUGGAAAGAAUCAUGAAGGCCCAGGCUUUAAGGGAUUCUAGCAUGGCUGGUUACAUGUCUAGCAAGAAGACCAUGGAGAUCAACCCUGAGAAUGCGAUCAUGGAGGAAUUGAGGAAGCGGGCUGAUGCUGACAAAAACGACAAGUCUGUUAAGGAUCUUGUGCUGUUGCUGUUUGAGACCUCAUUGCUGACAUCUGGGUUCAGCCUUGAUGAGCCCAACACGUUUGGCAACAGGAUUCACAGGAUGUUGAAACUUGGGUUGAGCAUUGAUGAGGACGCGGAUGAGGAUGCUGACGUGCCUGCUCUGGAAGAUGCUGAAGUUGAUGCCGAGAGCAAGAUGGAGGAGGUGGACUAAUAAUUUUUUAGUUUUAGUCAUGGUGUUGGUUACUUGUUUGAAACGGUUUUUCUUUUCAUGACUUUGAUUUUUUGUGAUAUGUCCAUGGGAUGUUUUCAUCAAGACACGGUAGUUGGGUUCAUGUCUACUCUUGAAUAUUAAUCAUAUAUCUGGUUUAUGCAUGCA